CUUAACAUCUUACCGUAGAUGAGAUCUGUAAUGUAUUGAAGACUGCAUUUGUGUGUGACUUUGCUAUAUAUUUUUGCUAUUGUAUGUCUUAAUGUCAUUUUCUAUGUUGCAGGCUGAGUAUGUCCAGCUUGUCACAGAGCUUAGAAUGACAAGAGCCAUUCAGCCUCAGAUAAAUGCCUUUUUACAAGGCUUCCAUAUGUUCAUUCCGCCAUCUUUGAUACAGCUUUUUGAUGAAUAUGAACUGGAGCUGUUGUUGUCUGGAAUGCCAGAAAUUGAUGUGAAUGAUUGGUUAAAAAAUACAGAAUACACCAGUGGCUAUGAGAGAGGAGACCAAGUUAUUCAGUGGUUCUGGGAUGUUGUGGAAGAACUAACUCAGGAAGAGAGAGUAUUACUAUUACAAUUCGUUACUGGCAGUUCCAGGGUGCCUCAUGGUGGCUUUGCCCAUAUAAUGGGUGGCAGCGGAUUGCAAAAUUUUACAAUUGCUGCUGUGCCGUAUACUGCAAAUCUUUUACCAACAUCAAGCACAUGUAUCAACAUGCUCAAGUUACCUGAAUACCCAAGUAAAGAAAUCCUUAAGGACAGGCUUCUGGUGGCAUUGCACUGUGGAAGUUAUGGUUACACAAUGGCAUAACGAAGUCUAGAAAACUCACCUGACUACUGAUGUGCAAUUCAGAGUGGCACAAGUAAUUUUGGAAACUGUCAAUAGAAAAGCAGCUUAGAAGCUGCAGCCCACUGGCAGGGCUGGACUUCAGAAUUCAUACAGAAUCAUCAACUUUACUUCCAUUAUGUGUUGUCAAAAUAACUAAUACCAUCGCAACAAACUUCACAGUAUGCUGUAUUUUCUUUUUUUUUUUUUAAAUGACAGAUCUGAAUGGAAAUCAGUUUACAUGCUUUUCCUUAUUGCUUCAGUCUGAAUCAGAAAGUUUGUCAGAAUCUCUUACCACGCUUUACUUUGAUUUUUCAGCUGUAUGGUUGAAUGACAUUUGUGUUUUAGUUUACCUUGCAGUCAGAUGGCAUACUGCUAAUGGACAGACUUGUACUUUAUGCCUUGUGCAUGUGAAAGUGCCAUUUAUUUUUGCAGAGAACACUAUAGAAAGUUCAAUUUGGAUAUUGUACAGUAAGACAGACAGUAUUUUCCAUUUCUUUGCAUAGUAACAGAAAUAAAAUUUUAUAACUUUUUAGUAUUCUAAUGUAUAUAGCAUGUAAAGAUUAGACUGUUAUCGCUGGAAAAAAUAACAGAUGAAGUUAAUAUCUAAUUUAUAUUAGAAUUUACACUAUAUUCUACUAAAUAUUUAAAGUAUUUGUGACUUUAUAGUCAACUUGCUGUUUAGAAUUUGUAAAUAUUAUUUAAGAUAUAUAUCCAUUUGUUUGAAUGCCUUUACUAUUUCCUUGACAUAAUUGUAUGUUCAAAAGGUAUUAUUAAAUUUUAAUAUUUUUACCAGAA